AUGUCGUGUGAAGUAGAUCAUGUGACUAAAGCCAACCUAUCAGAAGAUGACCCAUUCGAUAGCAUUGUCAUGAUAGAAAAUCGAAUGAUGGAGCAGGGGUUCAAAAAUGGUGUAGAAGAAGGCAAACUUGUUGGUCUUAAAGAGGGGGAAUCGCUGGGCAAAAGCAAGGGUGCAGAGGUGGCAAAGGAAAUUGCUUUUUACCUUGGAUUUUGCACUACUACAUUGUUUAUACUUAACCAAACUGAAAAGCUGACCAAAACCCAGCUUAAAGCACUUACUGUGUUAAACAAUAUGAAAACCAUGCUUUGCCGGCUGGAACAUGAAAAUGUAUCUAUGGCUAGUGUAAUAGAAAAUCUUGAAAUGACAAAAUCACAAUUUAAGCAAAUAACCUCAUUGCUAAGAAUAAAACAAACUUAUACACAAUCAAAGUAUGGAAGCAUGGGCUUAUCUUUUUAA